UCCAAGUGGUAGACCUGCCUCUGCGCUCUGCCCAAUGAGAUCCGUCAGGGGAGGCACCCGGCUCACUUUUCCACAUCACUUCACAGUUACACUUGGCAGGCAGGCGGGCUCGCACGCCGGAGGAGCGCUCAGCCCAGAAUUAGUGGAUUUAUUUGGAAUCGCCCUUCCUCUUCCUCGAAGCUGCUUUUCCGCCGCCGGUGUGUGCUUAGACGGUGGCAUCGACCCACCACCAGCUGCACUUUUGGGCUACGGACACCCCAGAGCUCAGCGCAAACCGGCUCCGCAUCUCCGCACCGAGCUCCGCAGCUCCGAGAGGCAUGCACAGAAUCCGGAGGCGGCUGCCCAGCUCACGGGGAUCGCUCGGCCCUCGCCGUCCUCGCGAACCGGCCCGGAGCCCCUGCAGCCAUUUGUGAACCAGGUUCGACAUUCGCCAUCGCGGAGCCCCCCGCGCAAGAAAUUUCAAUGAAAAGGACAGCCAAUGGAUGGUGGUCCUAGCAAAGCUGCUUAGAUGAUGUCUAUUUCCUCAGCUCUGAACACGCGGCAGAGCUGCAAGUAAGAGCUCCGCACUACAUGAUGAAUUGGAUGGCUGCAGAUAGGAGGCAAAGAAAAUAAUUGUAUCAUUCUCCUGGUGAUUUGCUUAACUGGUGGGACCAUGCCAGAACGGCUAGCGGAAAUGCUUGUGGAUCUCUGGACUCCAUUAAUGAUCUUAUGGAUUACUCUCCCCCCUUGUGUUCACACGGCUCCGAUGAAUCAGUCUCAAGUUUUAAUGAGUGGAUCCCCCUUGGAACUACACAGGCUGAGUGAAGGACAGCGGGUUUUGAACCGCUCCAAAAGGGGCUGGGUUUGGAAUCAAAUGUUUGUCCUGGAAGAGUUUUCUGGACCUGAACCUAUUCUCGUUGGCAGGUUACACACAGACCUGGAUCCUGGAAGCAAAAAAAUCAAGUAUAUCCUAUCAGGUGAUGGAGCUGGGACAAUAUUUCAAAUAAAUGAUAUAACUGGAGAUAUACAUGCUAUAAAAAGACUUGACCGAGAAGAAAAAGCUGAGUACACCUUAACGGCUCAGGCAGUGGAUUGGGAGACAAAUAAACCUCUUGAACCUCCUUCUGAAUUUAUUAUUAAAGUUCAAGACAUAAACGACAAUGCGCCUGAGUUUCUCAAUGGGCCGUAUCAUGCUACUGUUCCAGAGAUGUCCAUUCUGGGUACGUCUGUCACUAAUGUAACAGCUACUGAUGCUGAUGACCCAGUUUACGGGAACAGUGCAAAGUUGGUUUAUAGUAUCCUGGAAGGACAGCCUUAUUUUUCCAUUGAGCCUGAAACAGCAAUUAUUAAAACUGCCCUUCCCAACAUGGACCGAGAAGCCAAGGAGGAGUAUCUGGUCGUAAUCCAAGCCAAAGAUAUGGGUGGUCACUCAGGCGGUCUGUCUGGGACUACAACCCUCACAGUGACCUUGUCUGAUGUCAAUGACAAUCCUCCAAAAUUUGCACAGAGUCUUUAUCACUUCUCAGUGCCAGAAGAUGUGGUUCUUGGCACUGCCAUAGGAAGGGUCAAGGCCAAUGACCAGGAUAUUGGGGAAAAUGCACAGUCAUCUUAUGACAUCAUUGAUGGAGAUGGAACAGCACUUUUUGAAAUCACUUCUGAUGCCCAGGCCCAGGAUGGCAUUAUAAGGUUAAGAAAGCCUCUGGACUUUGAGACCAAAAAAUCCUAUACACUGAAAGUAGAGGCAGCCAACAUUCAUAUUGACCCACGUUUCAGUGGCAGGGGACCUUUUAAAGACACGGCAACAGUCAAAAUUGUUGUGGAGGAUGCUGAUGAGCCCCCAGUCUUCUCUUCACCAACAUAUCUCCUUGAAGUUCAUGAGAAUGCUGCACUGAACUCUGUGAUUGGGCAAGUGACAGCUCGGGACCCAGACAUCACUUCUAGCCCUAUAAGGUUUUCCAUCGACCGUCACACUGACCUGGAAAGGCAGUUCAACAUUAAUGCUGAUGAUGGGAAGAUAACACUGGCAACUCCACUUGAUAGAGAGUUAAGUGUCUGGCAUAACAUCACAAUCAUUGCUACUGAAAUUAGGAACCACAGUCAGAUAUCACGAGUGCCUGUUGCUAUUAAAGUGCUGGAUGUCAAUGACAACGCCCCUGAAUUCGCAUCCGAAUAUGAGGCAUUUUUAUGUGAAAAUGGAAAACCCGGCCAAGUCAUUCAAACAGUAAGCGCCAUGGAUAGAGAUGAUCCCAAAAGUGGACAUUACUUCUUAUACAGUCUUCUUCCAGAGAUGGUCAACAAUCCAAAUUUCACCAUCAAGAAAAAUGAAGACAAUUCCCUCAGCAUUUUGGCCAAGCAUAAUGGAUUCAACCGCCAGAAGCAAGAAGUUUAUCUUUUACCUAUCGUUAUCAGUGACAGUGGGAACCCUCCAUUAAGCAGCACCAGCACCCUGACUAUCCGGGUCUGUGGCUGCAGCAAUGAUGGCGUUGUCCAGUCGUGUAACGUGGAAGCGUAUGUCCUUCCCAUUGGACUCAGCAUGGGCGCCUUAAUCGCCAUAUUAGCGUGUAUCAUUUUGUUACUAGUCAUUGUGGUACUGUUUGUAACUCUGCGGAGGCAUAAAAAUGAGCCGUUGAUUAUCAAAGACGACGAAGACGUUCGCGAGAACAUCAUUCGCUAUGAUGACGAAGGCGGAGGGGAGGAGGACACAGAGGCUUUUGACAUUGCCACUUUGCAAAACCCAGAUGGAAUUAAUGGAUUUUUACCCCGUAAGGAUAUUAAACCAGAUUUGCAGUUUAUGCCAAGGCAAGGGCUUGCUCCAGUUCCAAAUGGUGUUGAUGUCGAUGAAUUUAUAAAUGUGAGGCUGCAUGAGGCAGAUAAUGACCCCACGGCCCCACCAUAUGACUCUAUUCAGAUCUAUGGCUAUGAAGGCCGAGGGUCUGUGGCUGGCUCCCUCAGCUCCUUGGAGUCAACCACCUCAGACUCAGACCAGAAUUUUGACUACCUCAGUGACUGGGGUCCCCGCUUUAAGAGACUGGGCGAACUCUACUCUGUUGGUGAAAGUGACAAAGAAACUUGACAGUGGAUUAUCAAUAAAUCAAUGGAACUAAGUAUUCUGUAAUAUUCUAGGGUCACUCCCCUUAGAUACAACCAAUGUGGCUAUUUGUUUUAGAGGCAAGUUUAGCACCAAUCAUCUAUAAACUCAAUCACAUUUUAAUGUUGAACCAAAAAAAAAAAACAAUAAAAAAUAAAAAAGUAUAUGUUAGGAGGUUAUAAAUCUUGUGGAGUGUGAAUUAAGUAUGUGGAGUGUCUAGAAGUCUUUGGAUAUUUGAUUUUACUUAACACCACAGUCAAGGAUUGGGAUCCUAGCUAAUCAUUAGAGAAAUGGUUUAAAAAGAGAAAAAAAAAAUAUUUUAAAAGGUGCUUUAUUAGAAAAAUGGACCUGCAAGGAUUGUGCUGCUGAUUUGUGUCUUCUGCAAGGAUUUUUAUGAAUGAAAAUGGUGUUUUCCCCUUCACCGAUAAGGAUCCCGCCACAAAUGAUAAAGCAAUACUUGGUCUGCUGUACAUUAUGACUUUUUGGAGUUUUGGGAUGCCUCCUAGAUUACACGGUACGGUGACCACACAUUGUACAUAAUUGUUGGCCCCACUCACAAGAGACUGAAUAGCAUCUUUAAAUAUUGUGUCGAGCCUUAAAAUAUUCACAUGUUCGUAAUCCAUUCCAGGGUGGGAAUUGCCAACUCAGAGGUGGGAGGAGAGAAAUCCCAUUCAAACAGGCUUGUGUCUAGAACCAGGAUUCCUCGUUCCCUCCACUUCAUCUUCUUCUAAAAGGACACAAAGAUAACUGUAUUCCACAGUGGACUACAUCAGACAGAUGGUUUUAUUACUAGCGUGUGAAUUUAUUUGUUUAAUCCUCAAAAAUAAAUAUUUUAUUGAUGUCCAUUAAUGCUUUUAUUUAUUAAGGUGGGUAAUCUAUAGAAUAAGGGAAUAUAUGAGAUAAAAUCCUAAAUUAUAUCCAUUAAUACUCGUUUAGAUUGUUUUAUAUAAAUAUCUAUACAAUGAAUGUUUAAUACAUGUACAUUUUGACGAUCUAAGUAUGGCAGGCAAUAUUAUCAAAAGGAGAGCUAAUCGUCUCUUUAGAGUAGAAAGUGUUAUUGUGACUGGUGAUGACAGGAGCAGCAUUUUCCCAGAGAAACUUUUGGACUGUUUUCUAUUUUGCUCAUAAUCCUAGUAUUUGGUGUUUUUACUACAAGCACAAACAUCUGAAAGUAUAUUGAUUCCUGUGAAUAUUUAAAGUCUAGACUUUUAGAUACCUACAUGAUGUCCCACCCAAUAGACAUGCUUCCAAUGACUCCCUCCCUACUCAUUUAGAGUAGGGAUUGAUUUGUACAUAAUUUUAUUGCUUAUGUUUCUGGCACUCUGUCCCCGAUCAUGGUGAUGCACAGAACGUCUUAGAAUAUAAAACCAGAAUAGCACUAGAAGAUGUGAACAUAUUUAAUUUGUAAUGCAAACCUGCCAUGUAAGUGUAGGAAAUGUAUGAUAAAAAGUAUUACAUGCAGAUCAUUUUAAUUUUAUACUUUGCUUUAAUGCAAUAUUGUUUAUUUAC